UGAGCUUUAGUGGUCGUUCGUUUCUUGUUCUUCCUCCCAUCCUCACAAUGAGCUCGUCCGAUUAUGGAUUUGACGAUGAAUUUGACUCAGCCAUCCUGAACGAACUGGACGUCAUCGAGGCAGCUCAUCGUCCUCCACUUCGAAACUCUCCUAAGCCACCCCCGCCUGCAGCCAAAGCACCCAAACCUCUGGACGAAGAGGAUUCGUUUCUCGAUCUUUCUCUCGAAAUAGAUGAUGCGGAGCUUCAGCGCAUAGAUACUUUCAUUGAUGCGGUGUAUAAGGGAAAUGCACAACCAGUGGCAGGCCCAAGCAAUCAUGCACGGCCUCCUUCCAAGAAUACUGUGCAACGAACCCUGUUCGGAGAUAUUGCGCAACCGACUGUGUCUUCCAGUAGGCAAAGUCCCACUAAACGUUCCUCGCUUCAGCGGACAAAGUCGAGUCCCCGCAAACCUUUUGGCCAACAGGCGCCUCAGACGAAACAGUGGGACCAUACUGUGUUUGCAAAGUCAGGCUGGAAAAAACCAAAGACUGCCAAAGGCAAGGGAAAAGAUGACGGAGACGAUGAGGAGGAGCACGUCGAGUUUGAGCAAUUCCCUGCUCCAUUCGUGUCAGGUAUGUCUGGGCCACCUCUUAUGAAACUCAAGGUUGACAUGCUCGAAGCUAAACAUUGGAUAUAUCCCCUAAAUCAACCAAAGCGUGACUAUCAGUUCAACAUCGUUAGGCACUGCUUAUUUGACAACACCCUCGUCGCAUUACCUACCGGAUUGGGAAAAACAUUCAUUGCAGGCGUCGUGAUGCUUAACUACUAUCGUUGGUUUCCGAAGGGAAAAGUUGUAUUUGUUGCCCCAACAAAACCUCUCGUCGCGCAACAAAUUGACGCGUGCCACCGCACGUGCGGCAUUCCUGGUUGUGACGCAGUCGAGCUUACUGGAAACAACCCUCGAGCUUAUAGGUGUAGGAUGUGGGAGGAGAAACGGAUAUUUUACAUGACACCACAGACCCUCAUCAAUGAUCUGAGUACGGAAAACUGCGAUGCGCGGGAUAUCGUCCUCAUUGUCAUUGACGAGGCGCAUAAGGGAACAGGAGACUAUGCCUAUGCACAGGUCAUUCGUUUCUUGAUGGCUAAGAAUCCCCAUCAUCGCGUACUGGCACUAACAGCAACGCCCGGAAGUACGCCUGAAGCUAUUCAGAGCAUCGUUGAUUCACUGCACAUUAGUCGCAUUGAGAUUCGUGAUGAAAAUAGUAUUGAUCUCCGUGAGUAUAUGCACAAGAAGGAAAUUAAACAACACAUCAUCCGGAUGACUGACGAUGUUCUAAAAGUUCAGGAACUCCUGAAGGAGGUGAUGAUAACCAUCCUUAAACCACUCUCUAACAGAGGUGUUAUAGAAGUGGUGGAUCCGGUCAAGAUGCACCCUUAUCGUGCCCAGGCUACCAUGCAACAAAUUGGAGCCCAGCGGAACAGUCCUCACAAAUGGGCAUUUCCCUCGCUGUCUAAGCUCGGUGCAUUAGCGCGUGCUAUGGGGUACCUGAUGGAAGCCAGCAUCGGCAUGUGUCACAACUGCCUGCUGGAGAUUUCAGCUGAAAAAGAGGACGAUUCAGGGAAAAAGAGAGGUUCUGCAACGAGUGGCUUGCGCAAGGACAAGAAUUUUAUGGCUCUUCUUAGUGAGCUUGAGGUGCAGAAAGUCCGUCCGGGUGGGUACGGCAUGCACCCGAAGAUGGAGACGCUCAAGAUGCUGCUGUUGCAGCACUUCGGGGCACGGAUGGGUGAGGGGGAGGAGACGAGAGCUAUGGUGUUUGUGACAUAUCGGGAGUGUGUAGAUGAGAUUGUACAUAUCCUCAAUGAGGAGAAACCCCUUCUGAAGGUGACGAGGUUCAUCGGGCAGGGCACAGAUAAACAAGGCCGGAAGGGAUUUGCGCAGAAGGAGCAACUUGAGAUCAUCAAAAAGUUCAAAGCUGGCGAAUUCAAUGUGCUUGUCUCUACUUCUAUUGGCGAAGAGGGUCUCGAUAUUGGGGAAGUUGACAUGAUUGUGUGUUAUGACGCACAGAAGACACCAAUUCGCAUGCUUCAGCGCGUUGGACGCACGGGCCGUAAACGGGACGGCUAUGUCCACGUCCUCCUCUCCGAGAUCCGCGAGGAGUUAAAUUGGGAUAAAGCGAAGGACACAUACGGCGAGUUGCAGAGAUGUAUCGUCCGCGGUGAUCAGCUAGAACUUUAUGGCGACGUCCCACGACUCCUCCCUGAACACGCAAAGCCCCAAGUACUCGAGAAGAAAAUGGAGAUUGAGGAGUACGUACGCCAAGAACAUGCCUCGCGAAAGAAGAGCGCAGUUGUCAAUGACGAGAAUUUGUCUCCGAAGGGCAAGAAACGCAAGCGGAAUGAUGAUUUUGCUAGGAAUAUACCUCAAGGCGCAAGCACGGGCUUUGUCAGUGUCAAAGACCUGCUUAUCAAGGGAGCAGUCACGAAGAAGAGGAGGAAGGCAAAGACGAAAGGCUUUGAUCCCACGGCUGCAGAAGAUGACUCGACAGAUAUGGAAUUAGAGGCUAAUCUCAUGGAUAUACGCCGUACUGCUUCGACGCCUGCUGGUGUCAGUACAAAGAAGGACAAGUUGCGCACUGCACGUACAAUGGAUCCAUCCAAGAAACGACAGCCGGCAACAUCGCGCAGGAAGGUGAAGGAGAAAGAGCCAUUGACCACAAGCCAAUUCUCCAGGAAAGGUGAUGACGAUGACGAUGAUGUUGAAAUCGAGCAGGGCAUCUCACUAGCUGCUCGCGAGGCUAUCGUUCGUAAAACCCCUUCCCCCAAGAAAAAACGGCCAGCUUUGACCAGGUAUCACUCGUCUUCACCUGACGAGGUUCCGGUUUUGGCUCGAGAUCGUUCGAAUAGUCCUGCCAGACCAUCUGCAGUCCAAAGUCUUUCCUGUCGUCCUACCGGAGACGAUGUGCUACUUUUAAGCUCCUCAGAGGCGGAGAAUCCUUCAGCGCCAAGCAUGUUAUCUUCGUCGCCGAUGAUUUGUGAUGCGGACGACGUGAUAGAAUUAUCAUCUUCCCCGCCGCCACCCCAAACUGACCCUGAUCAAGCCGCAGAAUCUUCAUCAAUGUCGUGUGGUCCAAGAAAUUCUCCAACCGAUCUUGGGAGAAGUCGAGAAGGAUCCCCGAAUCGUUUGCCAUCACUGCUCUCAUCUUCAGACGGUGUGGCGGGUAAUACACAAAGCAUGGCAUGGCUACUAGGAUCAGAUGAUGAGCCUGACAUUCAAAUUCUGUCUUCUCCGCCCAUGACACCACCGCAGGAGCGCAGUCCUCGCGCGGAUCGCCUGUUUGAGGAUGAAAGUGUUGCAGACGCAAGACAUCUUUCGCCUGGGGCACUUUUAAUGCGACCACCUCCUCUACCAUGCCGAGGUAUUGUCCAGUCACCCGCAUACUCUUCUGAUCACGACAUUCCCAAUGCCUCAUUCGCUGUGCGACCCGCUGGACGUUUUUUCAAGCCGCGUGCAGCAGCCGCAGAGCUUGACUCACCGGUAUUGGAUAUGCCACCUCUUUCCCAACGGCGUUUGAAACGAAAGGAUACAGAUAUUAUUUCUUGGGGAUCAAGUCCGCCUCCAAAGCGUAGCAAGCGAAAGCCUUUAAUAUCUAUGCGACAUAACCCAUGGCUAGAUGGAGAAGCAGCCCACUCUGGUGACGAAGCAAGUGAGGGAUCGUCGCACUCGGAAGAUGAUGUUGAAAGUGAUUCCGAUCGCCAAUUCAUCAAGGACAUCGCAAACACUCAGGUCUCCCCUUCUUAUGAUCAAUCACUCGCUUAUCGACGGGGUUUAUUCACACAAGUCCCGCCGGGAGGUCCUGCGUUUGCCACCAAACUGGUGAGGAGAGAAGCAUACGCCCGAGGUGAGAGCGCAAAGCGCCGCGCCGGUGUAUCAAGCUCUCCCGUACGCGAGGACGAUUUGCCAGACGAGUAUGCCAUCGGCAGCUUUGUCGUAGAUGAUGAUGAGGACAUCAUCUAA